GGCUGGCACCGAAAAAACUGUUGGUUGUCAGGGGUGGAGCUUCUGGGAGUGUUCAACAUGGGCCUAGCAUGGCGACAUUGACUUAUGGUGCUGGCCAGGCGUCAUCAAGCUCAUCAGGGCUACAGCAAACUACAUGUACAGCAUUCGCGAGUUCGAGCAAAAAGCGACAGCGCGAUGAUGUGGACGACCUGGAAACGGUGCCAGCAAACAGCGCUUUGCUGGCAAAAGUGUUUGGUGGUGAAAAAGCCACUACCGGAAGUGCGAAGAAACGAAGUAAAGCUAGUACUUCGGCACAGAAGGCUUCCUCUCUUUCCCUGAAAAAGCUUCAGUCUCUGUUUGCUGCAAAGGAAGCGGAGUUUGAUAAAGAAGAACAGUC